GCGGCGCUGCGCCUGCGCGGGGCGCUUCUCGGCGAAAGGGUCCUAUCGCCCUCGCGGUAUCCGCUGGCCCGAGCCCCUGGUUCGCGGGCGGUUCGCCAGCUGCACACGCUAAGGCUAGCUUCGCCGGAUUUUCUCCCCCAGAUUGAGUAAUCCUCGACCUUAUUCCCAAAGGAACCCGCCCCCUGGGAGGACAGCCGUGGCAGAGGGCAUAGGACCUCCCCCAGGUCGCUCCCACAGGCCAUGUGCCCGCGCGGCCACUCUGCCCUCUUCGAUCACGUGAGAACCCGGGGGGCGCUGGGUCGGCGACUGAGGUGGGGGAGAGAAGACGCAACUGGGACAGCACCUCGAGGGGCCGCGGGCCAGGAGGGUCACAAGGAUUGGAGAAAUGUGAACACUGGACCCACACUUUGCAUUAUCGGGCGGGCUCCAGCCAAGGUGCCCGCGCAGGUGUGCAGGCACGCGGGAGCGGGGAAAGCUGGUGGACUUCUGCCGCUUUCCAGGACGGCAGUUCAGCAGUGUCUUGGAAGGACCUUAGAGCCAGGCAGGCCCCGCUCUAGGAUGGUGUCCAGCGCACACUCCCCUCUGGCCAUGAGUCUCGACCUGCACUAUGAGCAGCUCAGCGACACCCAGUGGACGGAGCUCCUGCCUCAGAUGCAGCAGUGCCAGGUGGUCAGGCUGGUCGACUGCGGCAUCACAGAGGGGCGCUGCAGGGACGUGAGCUCCGCGCUCCAGGACAACCCUGCCCUGACAGAGCUCAACCUCUGCUCCAACGAGCUGGGCGAUGCGGGCACCGCCCUGGUGCUCCAGGGCCUGCAGAGCCCCACCUGCAAGAUCCAGAAGCUCAGCCUCCAGAGCUGCUGCCUGACCGAGGCCAGCGGCGGGGCCCUGGCCAGCGUGCUGCGCGCCUCGCCUUCCCUGCGCGAGCUGGACCUCAGUUACAACCCGCUGGGCGACGCAGGCCUGCGGCUUCUCUGCGAAGGGCUCCUGGACCCCCAGUGCCACGUUGAGAGGCUGCAGCUGCAGUACUGCGGCCUGACAGCCGACAGCUGCGAGCCCCUGGCCGCAGUGCUCAGGGCCCGGCCGGAGACGAGGGAGCUCGCGGUGAGCAACAACGACAUCGGCGAGGCCGGUGCCCGGGUCCUGUGCCAGGGCCUGGCGGACUCCGCCUGCCCGCUGGAGGCGCUCAAGCUGGAGAGCUGCGGCCUCACCUCCGCCAACUGCCAGGACCUGAGCGGCCUCCUGGCCACCAAGGCCGAGCUGGGCACCCUGGAGCUGGGCGACAACCGGCUGGGAGACGCGGGCGUCGCGGCGCUCUGCCCCGGGCUGCUGAGCCCCGGCUGCCAGCUCAAGACCCUGUGGCUCUGGGAGUGCGACAUCACGGCCGGCGGCUGCAGGGACCUCUGCCGCGUCCUCAGGGACAAGGGGAGCCUGAGGGAGCUCAGCGUGGCCGGCAACGAGCUGCGGGACGAGGGUGCCCGGCUGCUGUGCGAGAGCCUGCGGGAGCCCCGCUGCCGGCUGCAGUCCCUGUGGGUGAAGUCCUGCAGCCUCACGGCCGCCUGCUGCCCACACGUUGGCGCGAUGCUGGCCCAGAACAGGAGCCUCCAGGAGCUGCAGCUGAGCAACAACCAGCUGGGCGACGCUGGCGUCGGGGAGCUGUGCCGGGGCCUGGGCCAGCCCGGCACGACGCUGCGGGUGCUCUGGCUCGGGGACUGCGAGGUGACCGACGAGGGCUGCAGCAGCCUGGCCUCACUCCUGCUGGCCAGCCGCAGCCUGCAGGAGCUGGACCUCAGCAACAACUGCGUGAGCGAGGUGGGCGUCCUGAAGCUGGUGGAGAGCGCCCAGCGGCCCAGCUGCACCCUGGAGAAGCUGGUCCUGUACGACACCUACUGGACGGAGGAGACUGAGGACCGCCUGCAGGCCCUGGCGGAGAAGAAGCCGAGCCUGAAGAUCAUCUGCUGAGCCCCCCCCGGCCCCCCC